UUGCCCUAUAUGGAAAUUCUGUUUUCUGAUUGGAGAAUAUUGGUCACAGCCGGCAACAAGCUGGAAGAGCGGCUGUGUUACUUGGGGCUUUUAUCGAUGACAUGGUAAAGGUACAUGUUGUUGACUGUACUGUAGAAUUCCCCCAUUCACGGAGAUACUCACACGCUAAUGGCAGCAAGCUACCAUGCAAGGAGGCUGCUAGCUUUGCUUAGAAUAAAAACUGGAAACACCAGGGGAAAAGUCGCCUGGCUCUGUCCAAAGAAAAAAAAAAAUCCGCCUAGAAGCACCUCUAAAGCCUGCAGGAAGUCCGAUUUUUUAAUCUUUGGUUAGGACCACUCUCUUCUCAACUAAUCCUCAUUAAGAAAUGGGGGUAUUUACCAAAAUGUCAAAUUAUAUCUUUAAAUAUCUUACAUUUAACUUGUAGUACCCUGAACAGCACUGAGCUCCUGUGUGAAUUACUGUCUAGCAAUCUCUUUGCCUCUCUCUAUAUCUCUCCUACCUGUUAGUCAAGGUGUUUGCUAUUACUUGUUCCACUAGUGACUGUAGCUAAAGAAUGAGUCUAUGUUUGCUUUGCUUAAUAUUCCUCCCUCCCGUUCAACCUGUGCCAGGAAGGCAGCACUAAUACUAAGUACUAUAUUAAAGAGCCUUUGUGUCUGACAUGCUUAGUUCAGUUUGAGCCCAAGCACUGGCAGAGUGUGUGCCAAAAUCUGAGGGAUUUCUGAGGGGUUUUUUUUCUUCGUGGGGGUCCAGCCUAAUAUCUAAGACACCACCAUGAACUGGGCCUUCCUCGAGGGCCUCCUUAGCGGAGUGAACAAGUAUUCAACGGCUUUCGGUCGCAUCUGGCUUGCUAUCGUUUUCAUUUUCAGGCUUUUGGUUUUCCUGGUGGCUUGUGAGAAGGUAUGGGGCGAUGAGCAGAAGGACUUUGACUGCAACACCCGCCAGCCCGGUUGCCAGAAUGUCUGCUACGACCACUACUUCCCAAUCUCCUACACCCGACUCUGGGCUCUCCAGCUGAUCUUUGUCACCUGCCCGUCCCUUCUUGUGACUCUCCAUGUGGCCUACAGAGAAGACCGGGAGCGCAAGCACCGGCUGAAGUAUGGAGAAGACUGCACCCCUCUUUAUGAUAACACAGGGAAGAAACGAGGGGGUCUCUGGUGGACCUACUUCUUCAGCCUGCUGUUCAAGAUAGCAGUGGAUUCCGUGUUUGUCUUCCUGCUGUUCUACAUCUAUGAAGCCACCUUCUUCCCUCCAUUGGUCAAAUGCACUGAAGAGCCAUGUCCAAACGUGGUGGACUGCUACAUUGCCAGGCCCACAGAGAAGAAAAUAUUCACCAUCUUCAUGGUGGUGACCAGUUUUGUGUGCAUUUUCCUCACUCUCUGCGAGAUCUUCUACCUGUGCGGGAAGAGGUUCUGGGAGUGUUGCAGAAGAGGACCUCGCUCUGUGAGAGAAAACUCCUUCAUGAUGACCAAAACUCCUCUGAAUGGGAAGGAAAACUCAACGUACAAAGAGCUUGUCAUGGAGAAGGCAAAGAUGGUCGACAUGGGCAACACAGACGUGGCCAAAGAGAGUUCAGCCCCAGCAUACAGCAUAGCAGUCUCCUGAGAGACAUCAUGAGUUUGAAUUAAGAGAAUAAAGUAUAAAUCUUAGAUUUGUAAAAUUGUAAAUUUUGUGCUGUUGGCCGGAAUUAAAGGCAGAAAAUGACCAUGUUUAAAGAAUUGUUGUUUACAAAGGUCAUAUCAUUUUUUAAACAAUCUUUCAUCAAACAUAUGUAAUGUUUUUGUCCUUUAAUACUAUUGAGCUGAACAUAUAUGUAUUACUUUUUUAGACCUCGUGAUCAGAAAUUACUGAUUUAUAUAGUAGAGGUGAUUUAUUUUGUCAUUUUAUACGAUGAUAUCCCAUUAUUUUGUUAUCUGUUUCUAGAAUGUCAUGGCCACAAAAUAAAUGUGCUGGACUUGCAGUGUGUACAUUAACAUUAACUGGAACAGAGGAAAAUAUCUAUGCAAGAGCAUUUACACAUACCAUGUACUUACCCCACAAAUAAGAACAGAUGCCAAUUAUA